GAACUUUUUGGGCGCUUGUCUUAAAGGUUGCCCAACGUAUGGGUCGCAAGAAAGGUCAGAAGCACGAUCACCAGUCGAAGAGUUCCAAUGUGCAACAAUAUUCUGAAAAACUAGCUGAAGAUGGCAGCACAAGUGGAUCCGCGACCGACCUUAAAUUAUCUGGGUCACCUGAUCAAGAGGCUGCUGCUAGUAGUGUGGAGACUAUCGAUGUUUUAGGGAAUGGUCUCAUCAUUAAAAAGACUUUGAAAAAAGGUCUUGGUGGGGAAACUCGUCCCAGUCAUGGUGAUUCUGUCGUUGUAAAUUACAAAUGUUGGCUGGAAGAUGGAACGCUUGUUGACGACGCCGAAAAUGUGAAAAUGGUCCUUGGUGAUGGCGACAUAAUACAUGCAUUUGACCUCUCUGUUCCACUGGCUGAGCACAAAGAGAUAUUCGAACUGACAACUGACUCCCGGUUCGCUUAUGGAUCUCGUGGACGGGAUUCUGAUAUACCAUCAGGGGCAAAGUUAACUUAUCGCAUCGAAGUUUUAAAAGUUGAUGACCCUCCUUGUUAUGCCAGUAUGUCGAAUUCGGAAAGACUUGCUGUUGCUAAUCAGAAGAAAGAUAGAGGUAACUAUUACUACAGGAGAGAAGAAUUUGCAUUCGCUAUCGAUAGUUAUAACAAAGCAUUGAAAAUUUUACAAUUGCCUCCUGUGCCUCCUACUCAAUCUUCAGAAGAGAGAUUUCCGGAAACCGACUGUCCAGCUGAGCUUAUUAAUGAUGCAAAGUUGAAAUUAGAAAAUAAUCUUGCAGCUGCUCAGUUAAAGGUAGAAGCAUACGAUGCCGCUAUAAUGUCUUGUGAUGUUGUUUUGCAAAGCGAUCCACAAAAUAUUAAGGCCUUAUUCAGGAAAGGAAAGGCUCUUUUGGAAAUGAACGAAGUAGAUGAUGCUAUCCCAAUUCUCCAGAAAGUACUAACAAUAUCCCCAGGUUCACAAAUGGCUAGUGUUGAGUUAGCCCGUGCUCAAGCUGUACGACAGAAAGAACGAGAGCAUUGGUCACGGUCUGUUAAUCGUAGGUUUCCGAAAACUAAACAAAAUAAGAAUACAAAACUAUCUGCUGCGUCCAGAGUUAAACUGUUGAUGACUUCUCGUCCUGUAAUUGUAACAAGUAUCAUGGCGAUUCUCUCUGUUCUCGUUGGGUUUGUUGCAUACAUUUAUCAACCUGCCAUUAUGAACAUCAAUAUAUAGAAAUUAUCUAAUUAUUUCUAUCUUAUUCCAUCUUUACAUUAUUGAGGCGCGCUAUACUAUAACCAGAAGAAAUGUAAAAUCCAUUAGUUAUCAUUUGUAAAUAAAUAAUACCGAAACAAGUUGUAUUUAACUUGAAGUUAGUUUAAAUGAACACACCAUUUCGCCUUACACGUCCAUAUUUGUUUCUUUUUUCUAAAUUUUAUUUAAUGAUGAAUGGAUGGUGUUCAUUGUAUCUUGCUGACUGACCAAUUUUUAGAGUUCAACAUUUUCUUUUCUAACUUUGAUGGUAAUAUUAAUAAUUUUUUAGGUUAGAAGGGAACUUUAUCUCGUUUAAUAUUAUUGCAAACUAAAACAUACUUAUAUAUACGUAUAACAUGUAAUAGAUUGUUUUAAAAAUGGCAUACUGAUUCAUUUAAAAGCUUUCCUAAUAAACAUUACUACAAAUGUACAUUAUCAUCAUAUUGUUAUUACUUUAUAGGGAUCUUUAUCAUUUUGUCUAUGUAACUUGUGUUUUUCUAACAAAUCCUCGUAAUUUUCUUGCUUUAGUUGUUAUUUAAUUUUUCAAAGUAUUUAGUUUGUAAUUAGUAGUUAGUUUUACUUUGUGAAUUGAACACUUCUAAAUGA